GAGGCCGAAUAUCCGAAUAGCUGCCAUUCAUACACCGUCACAUCUCCAUGAUUCGGGCUGAGCUUUUGGAUAAGAAGCCCUGGGGCUAUCCGUUCAAAUUAAAUGUGAUUUUGAAAGUAUAUCUGACUCUGGCACUGGCAAUAUCGUAUCUCGUCGCGCGAGGACGACCGAUGGACCUUGCGCGUCUCUGGAUGCAGCGCGUGCAAAUGGAUGCGUUCGUGUGUGUAAUCUAUGCGUGUGUGAGUGUAUUAUAUGCGUGUGCGUAUUUGUCCUUGAAUUGCACCGAUUCAUUGCCGAUUGCAUCCUGAAACAAAAGCGAUACGAUUAGAGUCACUGUUUAUGUUUGCAUCCAGAUGCGGUUUGCAUUGCUGGCGUCUCGCCUCUAAUGGAGGAGACAUCGAGAUGAGAUAGUCAUUGUGUUUUUGGAGGAAUUCUUCAUUUGUGCUUUACAUUAUCUGUGGUACUGUGACGAUGCCGCGGAGUUUGCGGAAGCUGAUGCGUCUGGUCCUCUUCUGCCCUUUAUCAAAGGGCUUACAGGCCCGCUUGCCUGCAGUAAAAGUCAAGUACCUGUUGGUGGCAUGGUUUGGGAUUCUGGUGGCCAGCUGGGUAAUCUACAUGCAGUACUCUUCUUAUUCAGAGCUCUGCAGAGGACACAUCUGUACCAUGCUCAUUUGUGAUCAUUACCGCAGGGGCAUCAUCUCAGGGUCAGUGUGUAAAUCUCUCUGUGAAGAUAAAACUCUGUCACUUCAACGCUGUCUUUCAACGUCACCUACACAACAGAUAUACAGUGCUGUAUGGAAGAAGAAAGCCGUACUGGUGAAGUGUGGGAUUGAGGAGAGUAUAAGAGGAGAGAACAGUCCUGACUCGCCACUGCAGCAUGACAGCAAACUCUACGAUAAACCCACCCGCGGAACAUCCAUGGAUGAAUUCAGAGCCAUGCUGCAUUCCUUCCUCAAGGACAGUGUUGGAGAUCAGUCAUCUCUUGGUACCCUUGUCACUCGUGUAAUUUCUCUGGCGGAUGUCAAUGGCGAUGGCAAAGUUUCGUUAGCAGAAGCCAAAUCCGUCUGGGCUUUGCUUCAGAUCAACGAAUUCGUUCUAAUGGUUGCACUGCACGAUAAAGACCACGCUCCUCAUUUGCUGGGUUUCUGCGGUGACCUAUACGUGACUGAACCUGUUGCCCAUAGUGCCCUCUUCAUGCUGGAGGUGCCUGGCUGGCUGCAUCCAAUGUUUCCCGAGUCGCUGGGCGUUGCGCUUAACCGAUGGCUCGCCCCCGCAUGGCCACGCCGGGCCCGAAUCACCAUCGGCCUGUUAGAGUUCAUCGAAGAAGUGUUCCAUGGCAUGUACGGAAGCUUCUACAUGUGUGACGCUAGCCCGCAACGGGUCGGCUACAAUGCUAAAUACGACUUUAAAAUGGCAGACCUCCAAAGCGUAGCAUCGGAGGCAACCGUCAAGGGUUUCUUACGAGGUAGAACUUGCGAGGCAAACGCAGACUGCACUUAUGGACGGGAUUGUACUGCGACAUGUGACCGAUUAGCGAAGCAGUGCAAUGUGGAAGUGGUGCAGCCAAACUUGGCUAAGGUCUGUGCGCUCCUACAGGACUUCCUGCUGUUCGGAGCACCGUCAGAUCUGAGAGAGGACCUGGAGAAACAGCUACGCACCUGUGUGACGCUCAGCGGACUGGCCUCGCAAAUGGAAGUACAUCAUUCCCUUGUUCUCAACAACCUGAAAACACUACUGUGGAAGAAGAUCUCCAAUACCAAGUACUCUUGAGACAAAGAGAAGGAUGACCAAGAGAAAGGCAACUAAAGUGAAAAAGAGAGAGAACUGGAUAUUCAAAGAACGAAAGCAGAAACAAGAGAAAGAAAGACACAUUGGGGUCAGCACAGAAGCUUCUGGAGGACCAACAGAAUUGCUGAACUCUGGCAGCUGAAAUUUGAAAUUUGUGCACUGUCAAUCACUUUUGAGAGUGUUGACAAGAAGUUACAGUAUGGAAACCUAGAGGGGACAGACGCUACAUCCAUUCCUGCUUAAUUUCACUUGAGUGACUUAACUGAAGACCCAUUAACUAAUGGAAAUACCUUCAGAUGGGUCUCCUUUUUAUUUUGGCUAAAGGUUCAAGGUGAAAUAAGGCUUGUACAGUUAUGGAAUCAGGUAGCUUGUAUUUACAUUUAUCUGACAACGUGAUCCUUUCGCAAAUUAUACCUUGAGUUCUCAUUAGGGGUAGCCUAGUAGUUAAGGAUCUAUGCCCGAAUGCUUAAAUGACCGGAGUUUUAUUUUUCCUUAAGAUCCCCCUAAAGUUGUGUUGCAUAAAGGCCCUUAACUGCCAUUUUCCUUAGUAAACCUUAAGCUGCGUACACACUGGCAGCGACUUUGUCGGAGUCAGCAGGGCGAGUACCACUGGCUGGUGCAAGAGCUGCGGCUGGAUAUACCAUGUCCAUAUCAUAGAGCACUGGAAAAUUGCUAACAGCAAGAAUUAGCCAUCUUUCUGUUACUGCAGGAGCUGAGAGAGAGAGAAAGAGAGAGAAGGAUCACGUGAGCUCUCCCGUCUUCUCUCCUAUUGGCUGUCGCUUCCGUUAGUCGCUCUUCAUUUGAAUAAAGUUGAACUUGUCUCAACUUUGUCGUGUCGCUGGACACGCCCACAUCUAGUCGCCAACGGUCGCGACCGCUCGGUCAACGGAAGUCGCUGUGCUCUCAUCAAAAAUGAAUUGGAUUGAGUCGCUGUCGUGCCCGAUGUCGCUGGCAGUGUGUACGCAGCUUUAAGGUUAGGAAAACUUCACCUUAAAUGUGGACUAAGAGUUACAACGUUUCUAAAAAUAGAAGAAAUGGCUAUGUUUAUAGAACCAAAUGAACUGUACAGUGUGCCAAGUAAAGUUUUUCAUACUAGGGAAAACACUUUAGACCAUCGUAGUGAUGGAAAAACGAUUGCAGGUGUACAGAGUUAUGUGUCACGGUAAAUGGAAAAUAGCUAACAAGCUGGAUAUAAUAGGAAGACACACAUACCAGAAGUGUGGCUAGUAUUUUCUGCUUUAUUAUCUAUACAAAUGGAUGCAUUAAAAUCAUAUUGCAAGUUCAUUUCUGAUAUAGGCCUAUCGUCCAUUUUUAUAUCCUACAGCCCUCCUAACCACCAUCUUAACAUCUUGCACCUCUAAUCCACUCCCUACCUGGCACAGUUGUUAAAAUUCAAAGUUGUCAUCCUCAAGAGGGUGCUUACUGGCCAUAAAAGUAGAAUCCUCCAAUGUAAAACUCUGGACAGUUUUUUUUAAUUACACGCUAGAGGCUGUAGCCUUUAGCCGCCUCGUUAAUGUGUCAGCCUCCUAUGCUGCCGGUUCGAAUGCUGCUUGGAGUGGUGCCGUGACUCAAAUGGUAGUGAAGUUUAGGGAGGUGUCUUAUGGUAGCCAGUUGGUAGGUAGCUGUGCAGUUUGUAAACCUCACCCCCCUGGCCUCGAGGCGCAUUAGCGACUGACGCUAGGGGCUGUAGCCUUUAGCCUCCUCGUUAGAGUCUCGGCCUCCUAUGCCUGAGAUGCUGGUUCGAAUCCCGCUUGGAGUGGGUCGAGUAGGACCAGUAACAGUGGUGCCGUGACUCAGAUGGUAGUGAAGUUUAGGGAGGUGUCUUAUGGUAGGUAGCUGUGCAGUGUGUAAACCUCACUCCCCUGGCCUCAAGAGGUGCACUAGCGACUGACGCUAGAGGCUGAAGCCUUUAGCCUCCUCGUUAGCGUCUCAGCCUCCUAUGCCGGUUCGAAUCCCGCUGGGAGUAGAUCGAGGAGGACCAGUAAGAGGCGCAUUGGCGACUGAUGCUAGAGGCUGUAGCCUUUAGCAUCCUCGUUAGCGUGUCAGCCUCCUAUGCAGGAGAUGCCGGUUCAAAUCCCACUUGGAGUGGAUCGAGUAGGACCAGUAACAGUGGUGCCGUGACUCAGAUGGUAGUGAAGUUUAGGGAGGUGUCUUAUGGUAGCCAGCUGGUAGGUAGCUGUGGAGUGUGUAAACCUCACUCCCCCUGGCCUCAAGAGGCCCAUUAGCGACUGACACUAGAGGCUGUAGCCUUUAGCCUCCUCAUUAGCGUGUCAGCCUUCUAUGCCAGAGAUGCCGGUUCGAAUCCCACUUGGAGUGGAUCGAGUAGGACCAGUAACAGUGGUGCCGUGACUCAGAUGGUAGUGAAGUUUAGGGAGGUGUCUUAUGGUAGCCAGCUGGUAGGUAGCUGUGCAGUGUGUAAACCUCACUCCCCUGGCCUCUAGAGGCGCACUAGCGACUGACGCUAGAGGCUGUAGCCUUUAGCCUCCUCGUUAGCGUGUUAGCCUUCUAUGCCGGAGACGUCGGUUCGAAUCCCGCUCGAAGUGUGUCGAGUAGGACUAGUUACACCAGGGCCAAGUCACUCUGCUAUGUUUUCAUGGGGGGCCAGAGUGAGCCUACAGAAUUUUUGUCACAGAGAUCAAUCUUCUGCUUUUAUUACAUGGAUUAAUUUUACAAUUAAAAUCCAUUCACAGAACAUGAUUUUAAUAUUGGUAACUUGAAUUUUAGCCUACUUCAUCUCACAUAAGUGGAUACAUCCAUUGGCUCAAUAAAUGUAUAACUACUCUUAUCCAAUAGUGGUGAUGAUUUUGAUUAAUCUUAGUGAUAAAUAUUUUUUUAAUCUGUUCACCAAAAAGAUUCGUAUAGAUUAGUUAAUUGAUUAAUUCAUUGUCCAUUUAUGCAAAUUAAGCUUUUGCGACAGUAGAUGGGGCCAAAAGACCAUCUUUUACACUUUGAACGAGGAAAAAGCAGUUAUUUAUGAUCGGGAAAAGUCUAAUUAUUUAUAAAAAUGUACGUCUCAACAAUUCUACAAGACUUUAAGUGUUUAAGCAUAAUAAGCAUUUCCCUACAAAUGACAACAAAGCAUAUCUAUCAUAUUGUGAACUGCUGAGCAUGACUUUUUUUUUUUUUUUUUUUUUAAUCAAGCUAUACAAAAAUAGGCAAUACUAGCCUAAAAAAUUAUUAUGAGUUUCAAUAAAGUUUGUAUGCCAUUUUAACAAGUUGUUUUUAUCACAUUUUGUUCAUAAUUCAUCCAGCCCAUUUUCUUGAGCGAGAUUGCCGAAUUGAACAAACAACUUGUCUCGUCUUGUUCAGUUGUUCAGCAGAUCCUCGUUAAUGAUGACUGAUUCAGCACCAGUACGUUCAGUUCCUUCAAAAAUGAGACAUUCAGACUGAAACGACCGACUCAAACUUCAGUGAAGGGGUAUAUUCGUUCAGCGGGUGAAACCAAUUACAGUAUAUAUUCUUUAACAGCCUGCACUUGAAUGCUAUUGACUCGCGUUAUAGUCCGUCUUACAGGCAUGAAAAGCAACCAAAGUAGACUUGCGCUUCCAGUGUGGGCGGUCAAAACAUUUUGGAGAGCCGUAGUUUGGGGACCCUGCUCUGAGAGUUCGUAGGGACUUGCCGUGUCCAUGGUAACAUGGUACAUUUUAAUAUGGUAAAACCUGGCUCCCUGUAGUAAAUCCCUUAACAGUUUCCUUGAGAGUAAGAGGAGAGUGUAGGAAGACUGAAUCGAUUGCGUAAUGCAAAUGCGCGCUCGCUGCAGAGCACAUUUGGUGCGCUUUGCCUGAUUGGUGGAGCUUUCUCUUCAGGAUUAUGGGUAGUGUAUUUCUUUACCAGAAAUUCCACUAUUGAACAUGGUUUCUUAAAAAAGGACUGAUGGCUUUAACAGAAGAAUAUCCCAUUGACUAACAACUUCGUACCUCAUCGUUGGUAUGUUUUUAGCGGUUUAAAACUUAUCGCUAAAAUGUACUCGCCACUGGAAGAAUUUAAUGGAAUUUUUACUUCCGGAACCAGAGUGUUGCGCUCUUUUCAUGGAACACUACUGUGAGUUGCUUCUUACAGGACAAACUACAUCCACACAUGUUUUGAUUUAUAGUUUUUCAUUUUAAGUGAGGAAAUGUCAGGACUCGCUGGCAAAACCUGCAACACAGUUAAGACUUAAAGGAUAGUUCACCCAAAAAUCUUUCUGUUAUUAUUAAUUCACCCUCAUGUUAUUUCUAAUUAUAAUGCAUAUUAAUUACUUUCAGAAGAAAGAAUGCCAUAGGGGUUUAGAUACACAUGAGGGUGAGGAAAUGAGGGUGAGAACCAUAUCUAGGCUUUAGUACAAUUUCACACUCCUAUAAAUGAAGAGACUUUAAGUGCUCUUAGGACAUGAUUAUUAAUGUAUUUUGUUUUAAGGAGAGCAACCCUAUGAGCGUUUAGCCUUGUUCAAGCCCUUGAAUACUCAUUUAUUUGAGCACCACGAAACGUUUUGUCUUCAAUUUAUUUUUA